AACACUCUACUUAACACUUAAUAGCUUUUAUUUCUUUGAUCCGGUCUGUGCAAACCUCAUAAGUUUACUAGAAAUUGUUGGGGCUACCGGCAGCAUUCAUCUUCACCUCAUGACCCCGGCUGAUGUUGACGUAGAUAGAGAAACGCUUGGUCUAGUUUUGAGAGUCUCUGUGACUUCAUACAAACAAAAAAAAAAACAGCCACGCUUGGGUUGAGGCACAAUACGCCUAGUUGUUCUUGCUAAGAUGAAGGCCGUGGCAUUGUGGGCGACUGUGUGGGCAUGUGCCCAGAAGACAUUUAUGUCAAUUAUAACCGGGGGAAGAAGAAAAAAAUGCAUUCUUACUCUGCAUUCGUAUUCUGCUCUUGUGUUCCUGGCUUUUACGGCUCGUACGGUGAGUGCAGAGUUCCUGUGGUCACAUAGCUCAAUGCUACAUGCUUUUCCUCUGACCGGCCACUCCCAUUCGGAGGGAUACCUGCGGACCACCACCCCUUCUUCCUCCCUCCCUUCCCAGCAAGCAGUAGAAAGCCACCUGUUUCUGGAGGAGGAGACUGUAGAAGACAGAGAAAUGCAUAAUGCUGUGAAACAUUGCAAGGGUGGACUGCACAAAGGCUACUUUCAGUGGAGAACCGACGACGAGAUGCAGAGGAAAGUCGGGAUUCCAGCGCAUUCUGAAACGAAACACAAACGUUUGAUUUUGAGUUAAAUAAGACCUUGCAGAAGAAGAGGAUCAAAGCAAAGAAAGAGUGAAGUGAGAAAGAGGAUUUACCAGGAGCACCUCAAGGGAUCCAACACAAACCCACCUGGAAGACUCAGAGCAGCUGCACACAAGUCAGGGGGAAGAGGAGGGAAAGUGAUUCUGUCAGAGAAGUUCCAGCACCGUGGAACGGGCAAAAUCUACUAAAAAAAAAAAGGACGUGAUACUGCGUGACGGUUUGCUGAGAUGACGUCUAGAGGGAAAAGUAAAAAAUGCCACUCCCUCCUUAAUAACUCUGAGGAAGCCAAUGGGACUAAAGUUGAUCUUGGAGCGGAACCAGAACCUGAUGACCUGGACUGGGAUGGCUACAGCACCACCCUGGAGCACAGACUGGCAGCUGAGCAGGAGAACGUCCAGGCGUCCGAGCAGCGCUGCACCCAGCUGGAGGAGGCCCGGCGGGAGCUGGAGCGCCAGCUGUCGGACCUCUCGGACCGCCUGGAGGAGGAGGAGGCCUGCUCGGCAACACUGGUCCUCCACCGGGACAGGCUGGAGGCGGAGUGCGGCAGCCUCAGACGAGACCUGGACGAUCUGGACAGCGCGCUGACCGCGGCCGAGCGGGACAAACAGCUGUCAGACGGCGAGGUGAGGAAGCUGACCGAGCAGGUACUGCAGAGGGACGAAGCCGUGCAGAAGCUCCAGAGGGAGAAGGAACAUUUGGUGGAGCUUAGCCAGCAAGCGAUUGAGGAUCUGCAGAUGGAGGAGGACAAAGUCAACCUGCUGACCAAAGAGAAAACCAAGCUGCAGUUGCAAGCCGAACAUUUGGAGAUCCAGCUGGAGCGGCUUCAGCGUGGCGAGCCUGAGAAAGCCAGGAGGAAGCUGGACGCUGACAGCAGAUCUACUACGGACAGCUUAGGAGAGGUGGAGAAGAUGAGGAGUGGUUUGGAAGAGCUUAUCAAACGGAAGGACUUGGAGAUCAGCGGUGCCAGCGCCAAACUGGAAGCAGAGGAGGCCCUCAGCAUGGAACUGCAGAGGAGGAGCAAGGAGCUGCAGGCCCGCAUCGAGGAGCUGGAGGAGGAGCUGGAAGCAGAACGGGCCAUGAGAGCGAAGGCGGAGAAGCAGAGAACCGACCUCACCAGGGAACUCGAUGAACUCACCGACCGGCUCGAGGAGGCAGGAGGCGUCACGGCUUCACAGAUGGAGGCGAACAAGAAGCGGGAGGCCGAACUCCAGCGUCUGAGAAGAGAGCUGGACGAGUCGUCGCUCCAGUCCGAGGCGCUGGCCGCGUCCCUGAGGAAGCGGCACGGCGAGGCCGUGGCGGAGCUGAGCGAGCAGGUCGAGGCUCUGCAGCGGACCAGAGCCAAGCUGGAGAAGGACAAACAGAACCUGAGGAUGGAGGCGGACGACCUGGCCGCGUCGGUGGACGGCCUGCAGAAAGCCAAGAUGUCGUCAGACGGCCAGGUGAAGAAGCUGGAGGAGCAGCUGUCUGAGGCCAACAGGAGAGGAGACGAGCUGCAGAGGACGCUGUCUGAGCUCAGUGUGGCCAAGAACAGACUGUCAGCCGAUAACGUCGACGUAAGCCGACAAAUGGAGGAGGCGGAGAGCAGGGCGAGCCAGCUGACCCGCUCCAAGACUCUGCUCCAGUCGCAGCUGGAGGAGCUGAAGAAGCAGCUGGACGAGGAGGUCAAGUCUAAGCAGGCGGUCGGCGGCAGCCUGAGUUCGGCGCGGCAGGAGUGCGAGGUGCUGAGGGAGCAGCUGGAGGAGGAGCAGGAGAGCAAGCAGGAGAUGCAGCGCCUCGUCUCCAAGCUCAACGGCGAGCUGACGCACUGGAGGACGAAGCACGAGGCCGACGCCAUCCAGCACGCCGACGAGCUGGAGGAGACCAGGAAGAAGCUCGCAGCCAGGCUUCAGGAGGCCGAGGAAGUGGUGGAGGCCACCCAGGCGAAAUGCUCCUCGCUAGAAAAAACUAAGCAGAGGCUGCAGGGAGAGGUGGAGGAACUCUGCAUGGAUCUGGAGAAGGCCAGCAGCUGCGGUCAGGCGCUGGACAAGAAGCAGCGUGUGCUGGAGAAGCAGCUCGGCGACUGGAAGCAGAAGUGUGAGGAGCUGGUGGCCGAGGUGGAGGGCUGCCAGAAGGAGAGCAGGCAGCACGCCGCCGAGCUCUUUAAGGUCAAGACGGCUCACGAAGAAUGUCUGGAGCAGCUGGAGGCUGUACGCAGGGAGAACAAGGCCUUCCAGGAGGAGAUAGCUGACCUAACAGACCAGCUGUCCGAUGGAGGUAAGUGUGUCCAUGAGCUCCAGAAAUCCAAGAAGAAGAUUGAGAUGGAGAAAGAAGAGCUGCAGGCCUCGCUUGAGGAAUCGGAGGCAGCUUUGGAGGUGGAGGAGACCAAAGUGUUGAGGCUUCAGUUGGAGUUGUCCCAGGCUAAAGGAGACUUGGAGCGUCGACUGCAGGAGAAGGAGGAGGAGGCUGAAGCGGCAAGAAAAAGCCACCAGAGGGCGCUGGAGUCCCUGCAGGCCAGUCUGGACGUGGAGGUGAAGGGCAGAACAGAGGCGCUGAAGCUGAGGAAGAAACUGGAGGCGGACAUGAACGAGCUGGAGGUGCAAGUGGACCUGCUCACCAAGAGCAACGCGGAGCUCAACAAGAACAGCAAGAAGAUGCAGCAGCAGAUCAAGGAGCUGCAGGCUCAGCUGGAGGAGGAGGUGCGGAGCCACGAGGAGCAGCGGGAGGAGCAGGCGGCCCUGGAGCGCCGCUGCGCCCUGCUGGUCAGCGAAGGCGAGGAGACGCGCGCGGCCCUGGAGAGCGCCGACAGGGCCCGGAAAGUCCUGGAGACGGAGCUGCAGGAGGCCAACGAGAAGCACGGCGACCUCAGCGGACAGUUUCAGUCCGCCCUGACCGGGCGGAGGAAGCUGGAGGUGGACCUGCAGGCUCUGCAGCAGGAACACGAGGAGCUGCAGACGGAGAUGAGAGGCUGCGCCGACAAGGUCAAGAAGGCCGGCUGCGAGCUGGCGCGAGUCGGAGAGGAGCUGCGGCUGGAGCAGGAGCACGCGCUUCACCUGGAGAGGGUGAAGAAAAGUCUGGAAGGCCAGAUCAAGGACAUGAGCGGCAGGCUGGACGAGGCCGAACAGAUGGCUCUGAAAGGAGGGAAGAAGAUCAUCCAGAAGCUGGAGGGGAAGGUCAAGGAGCUGGAGCUGGAGCUCGACUCGGAGCUGAAGCGGCACGCCGAGGCGGUGAAGAUGCUGCGGAAGAACGAGCGGCGCCUGAAGGAGCUGCUGUUCCAGUCCGAGGAGGACCAGAAGAACCAGCAGCGGAUGCAGGAGCUGGUGGAGCGGCUGCAGAACAAGAUGAAGGCCUACAAGAGACAAGUGGAGGAGGCGGAGGAGCAGGCCAACAUAAACCUGGCGAAGUACAGGAAGACCGUCCACGAGCUGGACGACGCGGAGGAGCGGGCCGACAUCGCAGAGUCGGCGCUGACUAAGAUCAGGACCAAGAACCGGGGCAGCUUCGGCAAGGGACACUCCUCUGGUUACAGCACUCCGUACCCGGGCCUGGUCCGGUCGCCCAGCUCUGUGGGAUCCGAGGGAAGGGGGGAGAAGAUCCUGAAUGACGACAGCGAGUCGGUCAGCUCCCUCAUUCCAGCUUACCUCAACUCUCUCAAGAAGCUCAUGAUCGAUUAGCCGGACUUUACAUUCGAAUGUCCUCUGCAGAGACAAGCAGCGCUGCAGCGUUAGCGUUGGAACAUCAGCAAUACGUUACCAGGACUUUUAUGUUCUUCAUAUAUAAUGGGAGUCACAACUUCCUGUGUGUUUUCCUGUCCUCCUCCACCACUGACAUGCUCCAGCUUUAAACAUUUCUGCUUUUAAACGCAACAGCUGAUUUUUGUUAAUGCAAAUGCUAAAUUCCUGUUUGGUGUUCUCUGCUAAGCUUUCUUAAAAAACAAGUCGUCUGUCUUUCCAACAUUUAGUUCUGAUUUAAAAUGCUUUCAGGGAGCUUUGGUUGCUUGAGUUGGUAACUCAGAUGCUGACAUGGGGAAUGGUUUCAAGAUCAACAAGCGAUAAUUCAAUCAAUUAAUGCCCUGUUUCCUAUCAAUGUUAAGUGUGUUUUCAAUGUAUUUGAUCUAAAAGUGUAACUCUGUCCAAACCUGUACCCAAAGCUUUAUAUCGGCGCCUAAUGAUGAAAGAAGGCCUGAUCAAAUCAUGUACUGUUUUAAUGUGAAAAUGUCUUCUUUUAUAAAAUAAAUACUUUUUCUUUUCUGCCUUUUCCUUUUAUUUCCAACGUAAAACAAAUGUUUUGACAUUAGAUGGAUUUUUAAUUAUCCACAGCAAACUGACCAACCCUUAAUUAUUCAUAAAAAAAAA